AUGGAUUCUGAAAAUGAUGGACUUCUGCCUGACAAUCCAUACAUUGUUUUAUCAGUAGAAAGAUAUGAGUGUCAUCAUGGACCUGAUAGAAAUAAGGCAAAGAAGAACAAACCUGAAGCUGUUCCUGACCAUGUUUAUGGGAAAAAAAGAUUUUUAAUUCAGCCAACCAAGAAAAUGGAUUGUCCUGCAACAAUUAUUGCUAAAGAAGUUAUUUUUUUCACAGACUAUAAGACAUCUGUUUCAAAGUGGCAGCGUGAAAAAAUUUCCAAAGACAUUAAAACUGGCAUGAUGGACGACAAAAAGCUUAAUCUGAAGAUGGACAAAAGAUUAGUGAUUAAACUGCCAAAAAAAGAAGAACAUAAAUUCCAUUUACAAGGAGAGAUAGAAGAAAUAUCUAUGCCAGUUGACAAAAGAAUAGUUGCCAAAGUUGAGGAUUAUGUCACUGAGGGAUUCAUAUCAGCUUCAUGUAUCCGCAUGUUGUUGGACACAUUCGUUCGAAAAGAACUUUUUGCUGGACAGAGAUCACCAUCUUGGACAAACAGACGAUUUUUUCCCAGCCAGAAAGAUGUGUCAAAUUUGAUAUAUUCAACCAGGCUAAGGGCAGUCAAGUCAAAAUUCGAUCAAGAAAAUUUAGUUGGAUGUGUUGAGGAAUGGAGACGGGAAAACCCAGAUGACUUGAUUGACUUUAGUCCAUCAGAUGAUACAUCAAGACUGUUGUUCAUCUAUCAAUCAAGACAACAGAGGAGAUUGCUGCAACGUUAUGGCAAUGAGAUCUGCUUCUUAGAUGCUACCUAUAGGACCACAAAGUACUCUGUUCCUUUAUUUUUCCUUUGUGUCAAAACCAACAUGGACUAUGCUGUUGUUGCUGUUUUUGCCAGCCAAUUUGAAGACACCAAAACCAUAGCAGCAGCUUUAGGAAAGAUAAAGGAAUGGAAUUCUGAGUGGAAUCCACAGUUCUUCAUGGUGGACUACUGUGAAGCAGAAAUAAAUGGUAUUGGAACAUGUUUCAAAGGUAUUUAA